GCCGCCAUGAAGAAGCACGAGGCCAUCGAGGCCGACAUCUCCUCCUACCAAGAGCGCAUCCAGGUGGUGGUGGAGCUGGCCCUGGAGAUGGAGUCCGAGGGCUACUACGACACCAAACGCAUCAGCGCCCAGAAGGACAACAUCCUUCGGCAGUGGGGGCUGCUGACCGAGCUGGUCUGCGCCCGCCGUGCCCGCCUGGAGCAGAACCUGGCCCUGCAGAAGAUCUUCCAGGAGAUGGUCUACAUGAUUGACUGGAUGGAGGAGAUGCAGGUGCUGCUGGUCUCCAAGGAUUUGGGGAAGCAUCUCCUGGAGGUCGAGGACCUGCUGCAGAAGCACGGGCUGCUGGAGGCCGACAUCUCCGCCCAGACCGAGCGGGUGCAGGCGCUCAACGCCGCCGCCCUCAAGUUCUCGGAGCUGGAGGGCUACCAACCCUGCGACCCCCAGAUCAUCUGCAACCGGGUCAACCACGUCCAGACGUGCCUGGAGGAGCUGGGCGAGCUGGCGGGCAAGAGACGCAAGGAGCUGGAGGACUCCUGCCAGCUUUGGGCCUUCUUCCAGGAGAUGGAGGAGGCCGAGGCCUGGAUCCGCGAGAAGGAGCAGAUCCUGGCCGCCAAGACGUGCGGCCGGGACCUGAGCAGCGUCUUGACGUUGACCAACAAGCACAAGAGCAUGCUGGGCGAGCUGGGCAGCCGACGGGCGCUCUUGCACCAGACCAUGAAGAGGGGCGAGCAGAUCUUGGCCAAGAAACGCUUCAGCCCCGGUGGGAUCCAGGAGAAGAUGCGGGAGGUUCGCCUCCGCUGGAAGAAGCUGGAGGAGGUGACGGGGCUGCACCAACAACGGCUGCAGGAGGCCCUCAGCUUCUUCCAGUUCAGCGCCGAGACGGACGACCUGGUGGCCUGGUUGCAGGACACCUACCGCAUCGUCUCCAGCGACGACUUCGGCCACGACGACUAUUCCACCCAAGCGCUUCUACGGAAGCACCGGGCGGUGGUGGAAGAGGUGGAGAAGCACCGGGCGGCCGUGUUGGCCCUCCGGAAGCAGUUGGCUCUUCUGGCACCCGAGCAUCGCCAAGGGGUUGACGUGCAGAUCCGGGUGGUGGAGGUGGAGCAGCUCUACGAGGAGGUGGCCGAGGUGGCCGUGCUGCGGCAGCAGUGGUUGCAGGACGCCUUGGCCGUCUACCGCAUGUUCAGCGAGGUGCACGCCUGCGAGGUCUGGGUGGACGAGAAGGAGCAGUGGCUGGAGAGGAUGGAGGUGCCGGAGGAGCUGGAUGAGGUUGAGGUGGUCCAACAUAGGUUCGAGAGCCUGGACCAGGAGAUGAACAGCGUCAUGGGACGGAUCUUGGAUGUCAACCAGGUGGUGCAGCAGCUGGUGGACGGGGGCCACCCCAGCUCGGAGGAGGUCCGCUCCUGCCAGGACCACCUCAACAGCAGGUGGAACCGGGUGGUGGAGCUGGUGGAGCGCAAGAAGAGCCAACUCGGCUCCGUCCUGAAGAUCCAGAACUACCUGCUGGAGUGCGGCGAGAUGAAGGCGCAGGUGCGGGAGAAGAGAAAAGCCAUCGAAGCCACCCAGUCCGGCGGCGGCGACCUGGGCGGCGUCUUGGCCUUACAACGCCGCCUCUCCACCAUGGAGGCGGCUUUGGUGGUUUUGGAACCUCGGUUGGUGGAGCUUCAAAGAGAAGGUGAAGCCUUGGCCGCCUCCCACCCCGGGAGAGCCCUGGAGAUCCUGCUGCCCUUCGAGCAGAUCAGCGAGGAGUGGGAGGCCCUGAAGCGGGCGCUGCAAGGUUGCGAGGACUCCUUGACCGUCGCCGGUCGCUUGCAGCAGUUCAUCCAAGACUUGGACAACUUCCUGGGUUGGCUGGUGAAGACUCAAGCGGCCGUCGCCUCCGAGGAAGUGCCGGAUAGCUUGGCCGAAGCCGAGAGGUUGUUGAACCAACACGCGGCCCUCAAGGAGGAGAUCAACGGCUACGAGGAGGACUACGCCAAGAUCCAGGCGGCCAGCGACCUCUUGGCCUUGGAGGAGACGGAGGUCCCUUACCUCUCGCUGCAGCAGUGGCUGCAGAAGCUGGACGCGGGCUGGGGCAAGUUGCUGCAGAGCUGGGAGACGCGGCGAGAGGUGCUGGUGCAAUCUCACGUCUUCCACCUCUUCCUCCGGGAUGUCCAACAAU